AUGGAUGUAGAUUUAAGAAAAUAUUUACAACAAAAUUACAGCAAACUUACUUGGAAGAAUCGGAUUAAAAUAACUUUUGAUAUAAUCGAUGUUCUUUAUAAAAUUCAUAAAGAUAAUACGAUUCAUCGAGAUUUACAUUCCAGAAAUAUUUUAUACAGACAACAUUAUGAUUAUUGGUACAUUAGUGAUCUCGCAUUUUGCGGUCCUGCAAACAAACCAUCCGAAAGUAUAUACGGAAACCUUCCUUAUAUAGCUCCUGAAGUUAUUGCUAAAAAGGAAUAUACUAAAGCUUCUGAUAUUUAUAGUAUUGCCAUGAUUAUGUGGGAAAUUUCAUCUGGACAACCACCUUAUAAUAAUUAUGAGCAUGAUUUUGAUGUUUCUAUGAAGAUAAUUGAUGGAAUAAGACCGGAAAUCGUACCAGGAACCCCUUUAAAAUAUCAACAAUUGAUGGAACAAUGUUGGAAUGCUGAUCCAUUAAAUAGACCCGAUGGAAAUACUCUUAUAGAAGAAUUAAGAUCAUUAUUAUUUUAUCAAAAUGAGGACAAUAUAAAAGUGCAGACUGACAUUUUUAUUGAUGUUAAUACCGAUCAUUUUAAAAAUACUACCAGCAAAGUCUACAUUUUUAAAGAUGUGCCUAAACCAAAGAAUGCAUUUGACAUAGAACAUGAAGGUAUUUAA